AUGGCGUCGGCUAUCAGCACCAUGUCAUUGGCGGCACCCAGCGGCCUGCCGGUGGACAACAAGCUCACAGGCUUGACCAGUCGGUCAGCGCAGUUGUCCUCUCUCGCUUCAAUAUCUUCUGCUUCCUUCGGCGGAGAAAGAAAGGGGAUGCGCCUGCGCAGAAGGUCUGCUACUCCCGUAGUCAAGGCCAUGGCGAAGGAGCUCUACUUCAACAAGGACGGAUCUGCAAUUAAGAAGCUCCAGGUGAGCUUGCCAGAUUCAUGCAGUUAUCUUUCGAUUGGAUAACCUCCUAGAUUGUCUGUAGCUGUGCCUGUGGCUAAGGAUGCUAUGUUGUUGCUUACUCAUUUCAGACGGGCGUGAAUAAGCUUGCUGAUCUUGUUGGCGUUACCCUUGGACCGAAAGGGAGAAACGUCGUCCUGGAGAGCAAGUACGGCUCUCCCAAGAUUGUUAACGAUGGUGUGACCGUGGCCAGAGAGGUAUCACCAGUGCUUUUGCUUUCUGGUCUUUUCUCCCAUCCAACCCAUCUUUUUUUUUCUCUAUUCUCUUUUUCCAAUGAACCAUGCGCCUUUCUUUUUCUGGGUUUCUUUAUUCCUUCAUGGGAGUUUGUCGGUAAUCCCAAGUUUUCAAUUCAUAACCUCGAAGGAUUCAGGUUAAUGUCAUCUACUGUGCGUAUUAUGGUGACGUGAAGUUUAAAUGUCCUUGGCAUGUUGUCAUAGCUUCUUCCCUAUGGAGAUUUCGAUUUAUUUUACUUAUAUUUGAUACCUACAGGUGUGGUCUUUAUCCGUUUCGCCUUUACUUUUGUUGAGGGACUUCAGUCUUUGAAAUGUCUUACUCCUGCAUCUGCGGGUUUCUUAUCGUUUUGAGAGGCUUUUGAUUUAUCUGCCUUCUGAGUGCUUAAUCUGAGUGUUCUUCCUCUUCUAGGUAGAGUUGGAGGACCCCGUGGAGAACAUUGGUGCCAAGCUCGUGAGGCAAGCAGCUGCCAAGACCAAUGAUUUGGCUGGAGAUGGCACGACCACCUCCGUCGUCCUUGCUCAGGGUUUGAUCGCUGAGGGUGUUAAGGUAUGAUGCGAAUUCAAUUGCCUAUCAUCUGUUCAUCUUUGAAGUUUGAAAGGUGUAUUUUCUUUUUCUCAUAAGAGCCUGUUCUGGUUCAGGUGGUUGCCGCUGGGGCCAACCCUGUUCAGAUUACUCGUGGGAUUGAGAAAACAGCUAAAGCUCUUGUUGCUGAACUUAAAUUGAUGUCGAAAGAGGUAAUCAGGCUACAGUUCCGAAGGUCUCCACUUCUGUAUUCAAGGAGUCAGCAUCACGGAGCUUGUUUUUCUCUGCAUCUUCUUUGGAGGAUCCACCAUGAUAGAGCCUGGCUUUUUAUGCAUCUUAGUUUUCCAGCUCACCAUUAUAGAGCUUGCAUUCUUUAACGUUUGCAUUCGAGGAUUCACCAUAUGAUAGUGCUUGUCUCUUCUCUGCUUCUUUCUUGGAGGAUCCACCAAGAUGGAGCUUGUUUCGUCACUUUUUAGCUAGUAAAGUGGAGGUGGGUCAUCGUGGUUUGGUUUUCUGUGUGUCGCAGGUUGAAGACAGUGAGCUUGCUGAUGUUGCUGCUGUCAGCGCCGGUAACAACUACGAAAUAGGGAACAUGAUCGCAGAAGCCAUGAGUAAGGUCGGCCGGAAGGGCGUGGUCACACUGGAGGAAGGGAAGAGCGCUGAGAACAACCUCUACGUCGUGGAGGGAAUGCAGUUUGACCGUGGCUACAUCUCUCCGUACUUCGUGACCGACAGUGAGAAGAUGUCCAUCGAAUAUGAGAACUGCAAGGUUCGGUGCCAUUGAUUAAUUUCUGGAGGGGCCCUUCCUUUUGCAGCUUCGUUAUUCAUGCUUUCUGAUCUUCUUCUUCUUCUUCUUCUUCUCUGGCAGCUGCUUCUUGUUGACAAGAAGAUCACCAACGCCAGGGACCUCAUCAACGUCCUCGAGGAUGCCAUCAGAGGAGGAUACCCGAUCUUGAUCAUCGCCGAGGACAUUGAGCAGGAAGCCCUCGCCACCCUCGUCGUGAACAAGCUCAGAGGGGCCCUCAAGAUCGCCGCCCUCAAAGCCCCCGGCUUUGGUGAGCGCAAGAGCCAGUACCUUGACGACAUUGCCAUCCUCACCGGAGGUGAACCCCCCGCCCUCUGCGACUGUAAAUCGUGACUGGUUCUUCUUCUUCUUCUUCUUCUUCUUCUCUUGUAAAGAUCUAGGGAGGAAUGAUUUUUUCUGUUCAUGUGCAGCGACUGUGAUCAGAGAGGAGGUGGGACUUUCCUUGGACAAGGCGGACAAGGAUGUCUUGGGGCUGGCGGCGAAGGUGGUGUUGACCAAGGAUGCCACCACCAUCGUCGGCGAUGGAACCACCCAGGAGGAGGUCACCAAGCGCGUCGCGCAGAUCCGCAACCUGAUCGAGGUGCCGCCUAAAUACACUUUCUGUAAUUGGCCACUUGGAUGUUUGAUUGACUUUCUGCUGAUGGGGUUUUGGGCGUCUUCUUCAGGUGGCUGAGCAGGAGUACGAGAAGGAGAAGCUCAACGAGAGAAUUGCCAAGCUCUCCGGCGGCGUGGCCGUCAUCCAGGUGCUUCUAGGGUUCCCUCCAUCCCUUCUCUGCCAUGAGAAUCCUCUGAAAUCUCUCCUCUCUUCUCGUGUACCCACACUGUUUCCCUCUUCUGUGCAGGUGGGAGCUCAGACAGAGACCGAGUUGAAAGAGAAGAAGCUCAGGGUUGAAGACGCCCUCAACGCCACAAAGGUACAACGGCUCUCCUUCCUCCUUUCCUCAUCUGGGCAUGUUUCAGUUUUCGAGCUCCAGCUUCUGACUGAGUCUCCCCUGGUUCUUUGGCUUCACAGGCGGCGGUGGAGGAAGGCAUUGUCGUCGGCGGCGGGUGCACUCUCCUCCGGCUGGCGGCCAAGGUUGACGCCAUCAAGGAUACCUUGGAGAAUCACGAGCAGAAGGUAGGUCGCUUUCCUCUCUCUCUCUCUCUCGCUCUCUCUCUAUCUCUAUCUCUAUCUCUCUCUAUCUCUCUCUUCUCCUGAUGUCUUCCUCUUCGUUCAGGUCGGAGCAGAUAUCGUCAAGCGGGCUCUCAGCUACCCACUGAAGCUGAUCGCCAAGAACGCCGGCGUCAAUGGAAGCGUGGUCACCGAGAAGGUAAACUCCAUCCCCUCUCUCUGUCUGUCUUUAUUUCUAUCUCUGGCGAUCGUUGACCAAGGAGGAGAAAUGGCCGCUCGUGGUCUGCAGGUGCUGGCCAGCGACAACCCGAGGUUCGGGUACAACGCCGCAACGGGCAAGUACGAGGAUCUGAUGGCCGCCGGAAUCAUCGACCCAACCAAGGUGAGAAAAUAGUCUGAAAAUCCGCCAUCCUUGAGUUUUUGUCUGAAGAUCUGCCAUCAUUGACUUGUUCGAAUAAUCUGGGGAGCAGGUAGUGAGGUGCUGCCUGGAGCACGCGGCGUCGGUGGCGAAGACUUUCCUGACGUCCGACGUGGUCGUGGUUGACAUUAAAGAGCCUGAGCCGCUGCCCGCCGCCAACCCCAUGGACAACUCCGGUAGGUCCCUUCUCUCUCGUCUUUCCUCCCAUCGCCGCUGCCAUCUCCGCCCCUUCUCCGCUUGGUCUGACGGUCUUCUCCGUUUCUCUCCCUCUCUCUUGUCGUCGGCAGGUUACGGCUACUGA